ACGGGCGCGUGGUGGAAAGACCGGCAUCACUCCACUACUAUCUUCUGCAGAAGGAACACGCGGAUCGCGCUCGCAGGAACACAUUUCUCUAAGAACUUGACCACUGCAGGAGAAUCCAUCUAAGAAAAUGACCAACGAUUCAAAGGGAGAAUACCGAGGGGUCGAGAUGUCGGACAAGGCUGCCCCCAAAGAAGACGAAGAUGCCAUCUGCUUGAAGCCUAAGAUGGGCCUGCUGAAUGGCGUGACGGUGAUCGUAGGCAGCAUCAUCGGUUCGGGGAUCUUCGUGUCCCCGAAAGGGGUCUUGCUGGGGACAGGCAGCGUGGGGCUGUCCCUGGUGGUAUGGGUGGCUUCCGGUGUCUUCUCUAUGAUCGGCGCCUUCUGCUAUGCGGAGCUGGGAUGCAUGAUCACCAAGAGCGGGGCGGACUAUGCGUACAUCAUGGAGUCAUUUGGACCCUUCGUGGCCUUCAUCCGUUUGUGGGUGGAAUGCAUGAUCGUACGCCCCUGCUCACAAGCAGUAGUUGCCCUCACCUUUUCUUUCUAUGUCCUCAGGCCCAUGUUCCCGGAUUGCGAGCCCCCGGAUUCAGCGGUCCGUUUCCUUGCCUUCCUCUGCAUAUGCAUCUUGACAUUUGUGAACUGCUGGGACGUGAAAUGGUCCAUGAAUGUGCAGAACGUGUUUACUUUUGCUAAGCUGGUUGCCCUCGUCAUCAUUAUUCUCACAGGCGUCGUGCAACUGUGCUAUGGGCAGACCCAACACUUCAACUUCGAGGGAUCAGAAACGGACGUAACUAAGAUAGCGCUUUCAUUCUACUCGGGUCUCUUCGCCUAUAACGGAUGGAAUUACCUGAAUUUUGUGAUCGAAGAACUUAAAAAUCCUCAUGUCAACCUUCCUAGAGCCAUCUUCAUCUCCUGCAUCCUGGUGACUGUGGUGUACACUUUUACCGUGGUGGCUUUCCACACUACUCUUUCCGUUGCCGAAGUGCUGGGGGCAGAAGCAGUAGCUGUGACGUUCGCCGACAGCUUGUACGGCAGUAUGGCGUGGGUGAUGCCUGUUUUCGUGGCCAUGUCCACCUACGGAGGAGUCAACGGAAUUCUUUUCACCUCAUCCAGGUUGUUUUAUGCGGGCGCGGAGCAAGGCCAGAUGCCUCGUAUCCUGUCCAUGAUCCAGGUGAAACACUUGACGCCGGCGCCAGCUGUCAUCGCCAUGGCCUUGCUGUCAAUACUGUACUUGUGCUCGAGCGACAUCUAUGCACUGAUUAACUACGUAGGAUUUGCCACAUGGCUGGCCAUUGGAUUGGCCGUCGCCUGUCUGCCUUAUCUCAGAUGGAAACAGCCGCAUCUCGCCAGACCGAUUAAGGUGAACUUGUUCUUCCCCAUUAUCUACAUUAUCGCCACUAUCUUCAUCACCGUUGUGCCCAUGAUGGCUGAUCCCGUGGGAACAGGCUUUGGAGCUCUAAUCAUCGCAACGGGUGUCCCUGUCUAUUUGAUCUUCAUCUAUUGGGAAAACAAACCCAAAGCUAUCAGGCACGCAAUCGAUGGAGCCACUCGAACGCUGCAAAAGUUGUUGGUGGUUGUUCCUUCAGAGAAAACUAUGUGAAAGUAGCUCAACGUUAUUAGCUAUUUAAAUAAUGAAAGACAUUUUUAAAAAAUUAAAGACUGUUUGGUAAUUUUUUAUGGCUCUGAAAAAAAGAAAGCAUCAUGCCGCAUUAAAUUUCUUUUAAUUGCUCUCUACUGUUUUCUAGAUUUUUUUUUUUAAUUCAUAAGACUGAUUUGACUAUUGCAAUAUGAAUUCAAAUAUAAGUAUACAAAAGUUUGCCACAAAAUUUAUGCUGGCAGCCUAUUUUUUUAUCUUGUCUGUUUUACAUUUCAUGCUUUCUGUUUGACAAGUAUAUUAAAUGCCACUCAUUCAAGUGAGGUUAUGUAGGAAAAUGAACUCUUUACAUUUUAUUUGUACGGCCUCUAUUAAUUAUAAAGUGUGUGUUGAUGAGUAUUUUUAAUGCAUCAAGGAUAUUUAUAUGAUUGGAUUAUUUUUCAAACAGUGAAAAACAUGCUGUUAACCAAAUUUAUGUUAAAUAUAUUUUUAUUUAUUUAUUUUCUGCCUUAAUACAAAAUUCAUUUAGUUUCAACUUAUAUUUCUCGUUAGGUGAAAUAUAAGUUUUGAACUAUUUUUUUUUUUAUAUUGUCAAAGAUGAAACACCCUUUAUGAUUUUUAUUUUACUAUAAUUCAAUCUCAUGCUUAGAAAUAAUAAAUUAAAAGUCUUAAUUUUAAUUAUGCAUGGUAAAAAUCUUUUCAGUGUAAGUGUAUUUUGUCGUUGAUGCAAAGAAUGGUGAAGUAAACAUUGAGUGAAAACUGAUAUUCUUCUUUGUAGAAGAACUACUUUAUAUACAGUUUUCUAUUAAACUGGAACCGUAGCUAUAUUUUUAUAACAUAUACUAUAUACAAAUGUAAACCAUGUGUGUGUGUAUUGGUCAAGAGCUUGUUGUCUAUAUCAUUUUUGUUAUAGUUUGAAUAAUCUAAUUUAGAAAACAAUGUUCAUUCUUUAAUUAUUUAUUCCAAUAUUAAAAAUAAUUUUAAUCCCAUUUUGAUUUUAGGAUUUGCUCAUUCUUCCUGUUCCUAUUAGAACUUCAUAGGAUUUUUAAUUGCUACAUAUUAAUAAUGUUUAUUUAAAAUUUGAGACCAAACCAUUUAAUUAAGAGACCAAUAUUUAAUGACCAAAAUAUCAUUCUAAUUUAACAAGCGCUUUCACGAUAAAUCUUCAGGCUUUCUAUGCAGUUGGAAGUAUUUUAAAAACAGUCAGUCGGUUUUGAUGUGUACAAAAUAUCACAUGUAGCUAGUAAAGUUUGAACAAUGAAAAGCAAGUAUAGAUUACUUGAAAGAGUUGUUUGUAAAAUGUUUUGAUUGAAACAAAAUACGAUACAGUGAUAUCGAUGUUAACAGAAGGUUGGUUAUUGAAGUUUAUUUCAAAAAUGAUAUUUUUCUUUAAAUCAUCAUUGCAUUUUCUCAGAAAUGCAAUGAUGAUUUAAAUGUAUUUCAAUUGAUUCCAUAACUCUCUCUCUCUCUCUCUCUCUCUAUAUAUAUAUAUAUAUAUAUAUAAUUUUAAGCUGUUUAGUAGGAAAUGUAAUGGCUUUGCUUUAUUAACUUGCAUUGUAUCAAAUGAAAUGAUUAUUACUGAAAUUCAGGGAAAAAAAUGACAUUUGUCGACACCUGAUGCAUUUCAUAUUUAUCUGAAUAGAUAAAUAAGGUAUAAGAGAAAAAAUGCUUUAAUACCUGAAGCUUAAUACUUGAGGCGAAAUUAGAGUGAAAAAAAGAAAAUUUACUGCACAUGUUAUAUUUCUCAUGCAAAUAUGAUGAUAAAUGAAAUCUGCAUGAUGACGUGCAUUCUAUAUUUCAAAUAAUGGAAGUAGAGUGGAAUUUGUGAUUCACUUUAUUCAUUCUAAUUUCAUCUCUGUUUGAUACAUAUCUGUUGGUUGUUUGCUGUAACAUUUUUUUAUCAUAAAACUGAAAAAAAUAUUAUUCAUCAUUCCUCCUAAACAGCAAAAGAUUUAGCAUUAUAACUUAAAUCUCCUUCCUACAUGCUAAUUGCAUUUAAAUUACUAUCAGUCCUAUUUUAAUUUAAUGUGAUACAUUUAAUGUUUUGAUAAAUGCAUAUUCUGAUUUAGGCUUUUUAAAUAAUGAUUGAAUUAUAUAGAAAGAGAUUUCUUUUAUGUCCUCAUAACAAUUAAGAUGAAUUAAUGUUUGAAUGAUAAGAUUUGAAAGUAAAUAAGAGGCACUUGUUGACUUGCAAAGUUUGGUUGCAAUGAAAAGACUGAAGAAACUUUCCACACAGACUUUCCUUUGUGUCAAAGUGUAUGUUAUAAUGUUAUUUUGAGAAAUAUUCCAUCUGCUCAAUGUUAUGCAUUUUUUAAAUAAAUGUUUUGAUAUUGUUAUAAUUUUUUUGAAAAAAAAUGUACUGUAAAUAUUGUUAUGUGAGAAGUUUUGCUUUAUACAAUUCAGUGUGUCCUGUUUUAAUUUCAAACGAUUAACUUGUUCGAUUGAUCAUUUAUUUUAGAAACAGAAGGAAAUUUCUACUUUUCUUAUUGGGAAUUUCCUAGUGCAGUUAUAAAUUCUUUUCAAAUAUUAUAUGAAUGUUUUGUGCCCGCAAUUUUUAAAUAUUUCAUUGGGGAAAAAGAUUAUCAUUUUUAUUUUUUCAUUCAUUUUUUUUUAUGUAUUGUUUGUGAGGUAAAAUAAAAGUAUUACAUUUGAA